AUGUACUUCCUCCUGCAUGCAAGAUUACUAGCUAGGGACAGUAACCGAGUAGCGCAGGAGUUUGUGUUUGAUGCGAGUGAGACAGUGUAACGGGACCGGCGUGAUUACUUGGUGAGUUUACUGCACAUUACGGGUAACCCCGCUAGGCUGGUAACGAUACUGCUCGCCGCUUCCACGACAGGUAACGGAGGGAACAUAUCGUGACACUAACAGCAGGAAGAUCGAGAGAAUACAGUAACGCAGGGGACAGAGGAGGAAAAAAGUACAGAAGCGAGGUUGAAAGUGGGGUGGACCAACACUGCUCUGCAUUGCCUUACAGCAACGACGCGCCACCUCAAACACUACCCACGUUUCCAGGUCCUUAAAUAAAAUAACUUGAGCGCCACAUGUUGUAAGGGGAGACGAGUCCAUAGCACAGAGAAGUCUUGAAACUAACGCGCUCUCAAGUGGAAGCUCCACGCUGACCAGGGAGGGCGUGCUGGUAGUUCAAAGGAAAGGAGAUUUCCACUAGGAAGCUAAAGCCCGUGCAUUCGUAAACAACUUUAAAAAAAAAAAAAAUCGGAUUGUUUAUCUGGGAACCAUUAUAUAUUACGACCAAAGUGGGUUCAAAAUCAUAGCCAGAUAUUUCGAUGGUUUUAUUUAAGCUUGUGCCAUAUUUUAAAGAAAACAAGAAAGCCUGAAAAAUGAAAACUGACGUCUGACGGUAAACUUUGAGAAGUUUAUUUUAUUUCCUGUUAUCCUAACGCACACAUCCGCAGAAUAAUAAAGUAAAAUUGAAGGUUCUGCCGGACAGCUAAGGCAGAAUAUUGAUCUCAGCAAUAUGACCAAUAAUCGCCUUCAAAUUAUUAAUAAUUAAGUUUUCUGCACAAAUGCAAAUUUUCUUCAAGCUGCGCCAAACAGAAUAUGACUUUUUAAUUGCGCGAUCCAGGUACACCUGCCCAAAGCCAACACUGGAUCUGCAUUACGAAUGGCCAAGAGACAAGAAACACCUUGCUGUAGUUUCUAACCUUCAGAUAUUUUUACAAUAGCUUCUGCCUGAUGCUAAAACAUACUUUUUUUUUUUUUUUUUAAUGAUUCAUCUAUUUAAUUAUUUAUAUAUUUAAAGUUGACUCCAUGGGAUAAACUCAAAUACACUUCCAUCAGCUUUACGAAAGCUGAUUUUUUUUUUUUUUUUAAAACAAAACUCAACUUUUUUUUUUUUUUGGUUUAGUUGUAAGAACAACAACAGCAUUUUUUUUAAGAAAAAAAAAAAUGUCUACAAACGUUGCUGAAACCAAAAAAGAAGGACCAGUCCCUGGAUACCAUCAUGCCAGCGGUGCCGUGCACCCGGUUAUACCCACCGAAACGCGGCCGGUUGACUGCGAACUGAAGGAAGUGACCAGCCUCACAAAGAGAACGGAACAGCAAGAGGGAGACAGCGAUGCCGACCGAGCCGAGGUUGUGGUCAUCAAAUCCCGGGCCAAUGCUAAGGGUGUUCUCGAGGAGGACGCGCUCCUGGAGAACGGCAGCCAAAGCAACGACAGCGACGACACCAGCACAGACCAGAGCCAAGUGCUGGCGCCCCCUCUCAAGGAAACCUCCUUCUCCAUUGGGUUGCAAGUUCUGGUUCCGUUCCUGCUGGCGGGCUUUGGAACAGUCGGGGCUGGCAUAGUGUUGGAUAUUGUACAGCACUGGACGGUGUUCCAGGAGGUGACCGAGGUGUUUAUUCUGGUCCCGGCUCUGCUGGGGCUGAAGGGGAAUCUGGAGAUGACGCUGGCCUCCAGGUUGUCUACUGCAGCUAAUAUUGGGCAUAUGGACACAGCCAAGGAGAUGUGGGGGAUGAUCGUAGGGAACCUAGCGCUGAUACAGGUCCAGGCCACAGUGGUGGGGUUCCUGGCCUCGAUCGCUGCUGUGAUAUUCGGCUGGAUCCCUGAGGGCCAUUUCAAAAUGGGGCACGCGGUCCUGCUGUGUGCCAGCAGUGUAGCCACGGCGUUCAUUGCCUCCCUAUUACUGGGGUUGAUAAUGAUUGGGGUGAUCGUGGGCGCCAGGAAGAUCGGUAUAAACCCUGACAAUGUGGCAACGCCCAUCGCUGCCAGCCUGGGAGACCUCAUCACCUUGGCACUCCUGUCCGGCAUCAGCGAGGGGCUCUACAAACAGAUGCAGGCGAAUGACUACGUGAACACGCUGGUGUGCGCCGUCUUUGUGGCCCUGACCCCGAUCUGGAUCGUUAUCGCCCGCCGGACCCCCUCCACGAGGGAGGUGCUGUACUCUGGCUGGGAGCCCGUCAUAAUCGCCAUGGCGAUCAGCAGUGUUGGAGGUCUGAUAUUAGAUAAAACUGUGUCAGAUCCCAACUUCGCAGGGAUGGCAGUCUUCACACCAGUCAUCAACGGUGUUGGUGGUAAUCUGGUUGCAGUGCAGGCCAGCCGAAUCUCAACCUACCUCCACAUGUCUGGCCUACCCGGCGUGGAGCCCCAGGCUAACCGGCCUAAGUGCCUCAACCCCUGCAGUGCCUUCUUUGGAUCAGGUUUGAACUCCCGCUCGGCCCGAGUGCUCUUCCUCCUGGUGGUCCCGGGUCACCUGGUCUUCCUCUACACCAUCAGCUCCAUGCAGGGCGGCCACACCACCCUCACCUCCGUAUUCAUGGCUUUCUACUUGACCGUGGCACUGCUACAGGUGCUGAUCCUGCUCUACAUGGCUGACUGGAUGGUGCACUGGAUGUGGGGGCGAGGGAUGGACCCCGAUAACUUCUCCAUCCCGUACCUCACCUCUCUGGGGGACCUGCUCGGGACCGGCUUCCUGGCUCUCAGCUUCCACAUCCUGUGGCUGAUCGGAGACCGCGACAGCGACGUCGGGGAUUAGACCCACCCCUCCUCAGGCUUCCUGUACCCUUUUUGUAUUUUGUAAUUUAUUACAAUAAUUAUUUUAAUGUCAGUGGGAGAAGUGAAUUCUCAUUAUUUUUCAAUGGGGAUU